CGCGCGUCGGAAUUUGGAGACCGCAGGGACAAGUUUUUGGUGACGGAUUUUGUAGAGAGCGCAGGAAGAAUGAGCAAAAAAAGGCCUCCACCUGACCCCAUUGCCGUCCUCAGAGGUCACCAGGCCUCCGUUAUGGACCUCUCCUUCCAUCCUUCUCAACCCUUCUUAUUCACCGCCUCUGCAGAAGGUGAGUUGCGGAUUUGGGAUACAUCUCAGCAUCGAACGAUAUCCUCAGCCUGGGUUCAUAGUGCGGCACAUGGAGUUGUUUCAGUCGCAUGUAGUUCUUCGAUUGGAAACGACAAAAUUAUCAGCCAGGGUAGAGAUGGGACAGUCAAGUGUUGGAAUAUAGAAGAUGGAGAUCUAUCUAGGAGUCCCUUGGUUACGAUCAAGACAAAUUCCUACCAUUUUUGCAAGCUUUCGCUGGUGAAAAAGCCUCAUGCUUGUUCCACACAGGUUACGGAGCAUAAAGAUGACCAGAGAAUGGAGGUUAGAGAAACUUCCAAUGCAGAAACUCUGGAUGAUACCCGGGGACAUGGUCAAGAGAAUAGAGAUAUGCACGUUGAAGAACUUAAGUAUGUGACUAUAGCAGGAGAGCGGCCUUCUGAGGUUGAGAUUUGGGAUCUAAAUACUGCAGAAAGAAUUAUGCGACUACCCCAAAACUGCCCAAGUGGAUCACCGAAGUUUUCAACCAAGGAGAGAGGAAUGUGCAUGGCUGUUCAAGCAUUUAUUCCAUCUGAAUCACAGGGAUUUAUAAACGUAAUGGCUGGUUAUGAAGAUGGCUCCAUGCUCUGGUGGGAUAUAAGAAAUCCUGGGUCUCCAGUAACUUCCGUCAAGUUUCAUUCAGAACCAGUUCUAAGUCUAUGCAUUGAUGGGUCAUGCAAUGGUGGUAUCUCUGGAUCUGCGGAUGCCAAACUUGUGCUGUAUGGUUUGGAUCAUUCAAUGGGUACUUGUGCGGUCAAGAAAGAAAUCAGUUUAGAACGACCGGGCAUAUCUGGCACAUCUAUUCGGCCAGAUGGACGAAUUGCUGCUACAGCAGGCUGGGAUCACAGAGUGCGGAUAUAUAAUUAUCGCAAGGGAAAUGCUUUGGCCAUAUUGAAGUAUCACCAUGCUACGUGUAAUGCCAUUUCAUUCUCUCCCGAUUCUAAGCUAAUGGCAUCCGCAUCACAAGACACAACCGUGGCUCUUUGGGAUCUCUAUCCUCCUCAAACGUGAAGUGUACAAAUCAUGCUUAUUAACUUACAAAUAUGUUUGAAGGGUUUUGAUUAUAUUAUCCAAGUCGAACUCGACUGAAGCUAGACAACAAAGAAGCCGAGAAAGGGAAAUCUGAGUGGAAAUGCGCAAGAGCCUCACCAUAAAAGGGACCUACCUUCGUUUAAUUCUUUUUUUUUUUUUUUAGUGAUUUUGAGGAGAUGUGCCAGCUUACAUUGUCCCCACCCCCAAACGUGUCAAAUUAUUGGUGGGGACAUCGGAAGCUAGAAAGCCUAGAAUGAGAAAAUACUUAUUACUGCUUUACAGAUUGUUGCUUCCAAAUCUCACCAAUUUAUCUCAUUGAUGGAACAAAUUAGACCCGACUCUUGAUCACAUCAAACUGCUUAGCUGUUGAGUUGUUGAUAACCAUCAAUACUCUAGUGUUUGCUUAAUAUUGUUUAUAUAUU